CUCGUCCAUCAGGUUAGGUGAAGUGCAAAGGCACUGAAUAUGAGAAGUGAGCAGGAGCUCGCGACCAGACUGCACACUGAAACUCAGUCUGAUCCGGACGGCGGAGACACGGCGAAGCUGCAGGAUGAAGGGAAGAAUGGGGCUCCUUGCCGCCUCGACCAAGAUACUGGUCGUGGGAGCUGCGUGGCUUCAAGUGGUGCUUGCAGACAUCGCUCGCUCAGCAGACCAGAGGACGAAUCGGCAGAUACCCAUUGGUAUAGGUCUGGCUGCAGAGAAGCAGGCAGACAGCCCGGACUCCCAUCGGACAGAGCAAGGGGCGUUUGUGCGGGUGACGGUGGAUGGACGCAGUCUGUAUGACGAGAAUGGCUUGGUCUACCUGAAUGGAUUGAAUUACUGGUCGUGCAUGAACCUGGCCGCGCCCGGCAACAAGGGUGGUGAUGCACGGCGAUUCGAGCAAGAGAUGGACCAGAUGAGCGCAGCUGGCGUCAAUCAUUUGCGCAUCAUGGCAAUGUCUGAAGGGCACGGACCGUUUCGCAUGAACCCACCCGUCCAGCCAAGAGCGGCAGAGAUGGACGAAGCCUUGCUCAUGGGCUUGGAUCGAUGCCUACAAGGAGCUCGCAGAAGGGCUAUGCGCGUCACUUUAGUGCUGGGAAACACUUGGCACUGGUCAGGUGGUCUGCCACAACUGGUCGACUGGACUUCUUCAUCGGCCCGACCUUCUUCAAGUCACUCUUCGGCCAAUCAGUCUCACUCUACGCACAAGACCGAGCAAAGCGGCAUACCAUAUCCUAUCUCUUGGAACGUCUCCGCUCUGCCGCAACGCCACGAUGGUUUUGCGGGGUGGGGCACUUGGACGCGACUCGGUCCUGAUGUUCGUCCCUACGAGGAGUUCAUGAAAUACGUCGCUAGCUUCUUCACGAACGAAAAGGCGCAACAGAUGUACAGGGUCAAUGCGCUGGCGAUACUCAACAGGCGCAAUGCGAUCAGUGGGCGUCUCUACAAAGAAGACCCCACCAUCUUGGCUUGGGAGCCCCUGAACGAGCCUCAAGUCACACCUCGCCCCACGAAUGAGACCUGGCUUGGUGGUCAUUUGCCGCUUGCCCCAUCAAAUCUUGCUGAUCCCUUACUGCGCUGGCACAGGAAUACUACGAUGCUGAUUCGCCAGCAAGCUCCCUCACAACUCAUCACGACUGGCUUCGAGUCUAAGCAAGGAGAAUGGUGGUUUCGACAACUUCACGAAGAUCCGAAUGUGGACUUUGCCUGUGCGCACAUGUGGCCACAAAAUUGGCAGUGGUACGACAUGCUGAAUGGCAGCCAAAGUAACUUAAAUCACGCCGUGCGGGUUUCACUGCAGUAUCUGCGCGAGAUAGAGAGGUGGACACAAGAGCUAGGCAAACCGGUCUUGCUGGAAGAGUUCGGCAUGCCCCGAGACAAUUGGCUCAAUGCCGAAAAAUCGUAUUUGUAUUCGAGCAACACCAGCACCUCUUCGCGAGACCGACUUUUCGAGCAAGUUUUGAUCCAGAUUUUGGGCUCGUUCGAGCAUCGCAAAGGAUGGAUAGGCGCCGUACCCUGGGCAUACGCAGGUGCGUACAGACCUGAAAGACAAAGAUUGAACAAGUACGGCAUGCUUUGGGCUGGCGAUCCUCCGCACGAAGCUCCUGGAUGGUACAGCGUAUACGACACGGACGAGGCAAUGCGACUCUUGAAGGAGCAGAGCAAAUGGACAGCAACGUCGGCCUGACAGGCAAGCGUCUGUGAUCAUCAACCUGGCUUUGUCAUUGGACAUUUCCCGACGUGGUCCUCGCUCUGAUCGAAUCACCUCUUGGGGUAGCGCUGGAUGCCCUUUGUACUCUAUCCUCUUGUUUGUGCAAUAGCAUAUU